UAUGUCAUUGUGACUCUAUUUCUGGACCCCAUGUUGUUCAAAAGGUCAGAUAAAGAAGCAUAGGCAUCCUCACAAAGCAGAAGGUGGGGGUGUCUGGUGAAGGGGGUAAAGGCGGAUAUCCACAAACCAACACACACAUCCCAAACACAGGGGCAGUGCUGACAGAGACUGGGAGCAAAAGGGAGACAGGGAAGCCAAGCAGAGUAGUGAGAAGCAGAGAGUGAGACAUUGAGUAGGCUUCCUGUGAAGAGGAUUCACCUCUGACUAAAUUAAAAAUUUCUAGGAAAGAUAGAAGUGAUCAUUUUAGAGUCCUGGGGCAUUAGUGAAAAAGAAAGUCUGAUUUGACCAAAGAUCCAGUGAAUAAACAGACAUUUCUGGACAUUAUGGAUGGAGAAUCGCCCAGCCAAAAGACAUCUGGGGCUACAGAGACGACCAGCCAGACUGACGCCAACAACAACAACAACAGCAACCAGACAGAUGAGCCAGAGCUCGAGGAGAGUAAAGACACAGGGGGAGAGCUUCCAGCAAGGGAGACAGUAGAAGGUCAUGGGGUAAUGGAAGUUGGGGAGAAGGGGGAGGAGGAUUCAGUACCAGAGCAGGACGAAGAAGGGGAGGAAAGAGCUGGAGAUACAGACAAGCCCCAGACUCCUCACCUGAAACAUGUUGACGAUGACGCUGAAGAAGCUGGACACGACAAAGACAAAGCCUGCACUGAUGUCGACGUGACAGAUCCUAAACCGACAAGUGGAGAAAAAGAUGGGGAGGGAGAGAGGAAGGAAGACAAGAAAGGUGGGAAGGGGGAAGAAGUAAAAAGUUGUGAGACUGGGAGAGAUGGCAAGGAGAUGAUGGACAAAACCAAAGAGACAGCCAGAGUAAAACAGAUGAAAACAGAUGAAAAGGCAAAAGGAGCAGAAAAAGAUGGGAAUGAAAGAGUAGCAAAAGGGGCAGUGAAGAAAAAACAAGUUGAGGAAGAGAGUGUAGAAACAAAAGACAAGCUUAAGGAGGUAGAAAAGCAAGGGAAACCCAAAAGAAAGAGUGGUCCGCCCUCAUCUUCUCUCUCCCGACCAAGACCCUCUGCACGCUCUAUUAGAGCAGCUGCUAAAAACGACAUCAUUGCCAAGUUCCAACAAGGUGCACCAGAGACACCAACACCCCGCAACUUCAAAAUUACGAGGUCAUCCAUGGCUGCGGCUACAGGAGCUUCAAUCAAACAGAAGAUGCUUCAGUGGUGUCGCAACAAGACUCGCAGCUAUGAGGGUGUCAACAUAGAAAACUUCUCCUCAUCCUGGUGUGAUGGGCUGGCAUUCUGCGCUCUGAUCCAUCGUUUCUUUCCUGAUGCUUUUGACUACAGCUCCCUGAAUCCAAACGAAAGGGAGAAAAACUUCACUCUGGCCUUCCAGACUGCAGAGUCCCUGGCCGACUGCUGCCCUCUGCUUGAAGUGGGUGACAUGAUCAUGAUGGGCAAAAACCCGGACCCCAUGUGUGUGUUUACAUAUGUCCAGUCCCUCUGCCACAGCCUCUCCAAAAUAGAGAAAGAGAGGAAGGACAAAGAAAAGGAGGAGAAAGACAAGGCUUGUAAUGAGGGAGAGGAGAAAGACAAAGGAGAGGAGUCACCAAAGAAAGACGGGGGGGAGUCUUCUGAGAACGGGACGUUGGAAAGCCAAGAAGAGAAACAGGGAGAUGUUACAGAGGCUGCUGAUGAGGAUGAAAAUGCACCAAACAGCUGUGAGAUGGAGGGAGAUGGAGAAGAGUUAGUCCAGGCUGAGUCCUAGAAAAAUACUGACAUUAAACAGAAAGACUGAAAAGACCAAAAGUAUUGUCGAUGGUUGCGGUAUCUCCAAUGAAUUAAGUCUUAGUUUGGUGUUGGAAUAACUGUGUGAUAUCCUGUUUGAAGGUGUAUAUGCUGUGUUGUUGUUGCAUAAUUUGUUGUGAGCUGAGCACAUAAAGAAAGAAAUGUUAAAUUCAUUUAUUUGCUGUGUGUUCAUAGCUAAAAAUAUGUGUAAUAUAUAUGUAUACAUAUAAAAUUGAUAAACUUGUAAAUCUCUGUGUUGAAAGGAUAUGUGAUGCUUAGCCAAGGUGAAUGGGAAUGAAUUACGACAACAAUGCGAUAGAGGAUGUAGUCACAAUGGAGACGUGUUGUCUUUUUUGCCAGAGAAACAAAUUAUAUUACAUUCUAUAGAGAAGUCCAAAGUUGUAGCAA